UAUAUGACAGAAAGCUGAUUCUGCCGCUAUCGGUGGUCAUGGCUGGAACGGACCAGGAAGACACGGCCCCGAGGUGAUCUUGCUGAAGAACACAGCGAAUUUAUCAUUCGCCCUGGUAUCCCAUUAUGAACCUGACCGGAAGUGAUUGAUGAAGAGGCGUUGCCCUCUCCUCUUCCCCUGGAAUGGGCAAAAAGGCAACCAUUACAGUGCCCAAGCAAUGGUCCUACAUCGGCAGGAAGCUUGUCAUAUCGUCCACUCUCGCUAACACUCACCUCACCGUUCGUGCACUCUUGAGGAUCCUCAACGCCAUCCUCGGCACGUUGUAUACGCUGCGCACAGCAUGCAUACGCUCCACUUUCGAGGACUUCAUCUCGAAACGUUAUGACCUUGGUACCGCAUACGCCUCUCUUAGCCCUUUUUGGUACAUCGGCUUAACCGCUGUGGUAGCUACUCUAUCCAGCACAAAGUGCAGGACCAAAAGAUGCGGCAAGAUGCACUCGGCGAUAAAAUCGUCUACGCAGAUGUCCCCCCUCGACGUGUCUGAGGUCUGUAUAGUAAUAGGGUGGUACCGUGGCGGGUUCCUCGACGAACGUGGCGGCUGUGGCAUGUCACAUGCAUGGAUGGACAAAGAAUAUCGUGAGGAUGUGAUAACCCCCAUCAAUGGACACGUCCAUUCAACCUAAGCAACUGACAAUUGUAUCGGAACGCCAACUACCAAGGGCAUUCGUUUGACGACACUUCCUCGAAUUGGACUCGAUUUCUCACUCUUCCUUUUGUCUACCGUGGCUAUAUGCGAAUGAUGAGGCCUAUUAGCUCUUCGUGAUGGCUGUCAAUGUAAACCGAUGCUCGGUCAGCCGGUCAGACGGCCCUUCCCUGCAUCCUGUCAAAGGCUCGAACUCCAAUACAGGUGGACGUAAAUCAUCG